AUGAGUGGUAAACGUCCUAUAGUGAGUAGAGUUUGGGACAAGAAACGCAGUAACGACGCACCGAGUCGUCCACUUCUCCGAUAUAGCGACAACGCUACCAGUUUGACCACUCCAUCGAAACUCGAGAGGCAUUCCUCUUCAAACUUGCCCGAAUUGGCUUUGGGUAGCCCAAAAUCGGCUCGAAACGGAUUCCCUCUUGUUGAAGCACACGAAGGCAAGCGAUACGCUCACGGUGCAAGAACCUGGACUUAA